UAUCCACUACUCUUUUGACAUCCCUUCCACACCGAACCCAAACCCUCUUCAAUUCCCCUUUGUAUAAUUGGCUUCACCAGCAAUCACCCACUCUCUUUUAUGAAUCUGGAUUGUGGCUUGAGAACCAGAUCCUGCCGUGUCAUUCAAGAGACUUCCAUGGCUGUUGCUGCUUUAGAACUCGAAGAUGACGCUGAAGAAAUUGAUGACGGUUUGAAACAGAGCUGUUGGGCUAACAUGCCUCAAGAGCUCUUGAGAGAGGUCUUGAUCAGGAUUGAAUCAUCCGAAAAUAAGUGGCCUUCCCGGAAGAAUGUUGUUGGUUGUGCUACUGUUUGUAGGAGUUGGAGAGAGAUCAUGAAGGAGAUCGUUAAGAGGCCUGAGAUUUCCGGGAUGUUGACUUUCCCAAUUUCUGUCAAGCAGCCUGGUCCUAGAGAAUCUCUCCUCCAAUGCUUUAUAAAACGGAAACGGUCAACUCAAACAUAUUUCCUUUUCCUUAGUUUGACUCAAGCACUUGCUGAUGAUGGAAAGUUUCUUCUUGCUGCUCGCAAGUUUAGACGCACCACAUGUACGGAUUACAUCAUCUCAUUACAUGCUGAUGACAUGUCAAAAGGGAGCAAUAGAUAUAUUGGAAAAUUAAGGUCAAACUUUUUGGGAACAAAGUUUAUUGUAUAUGAUGGUUUGCCACCUCAUGAUGGAGCUAAAAUGACAAAGAGUCGUUCCACAAGAUUUAUGGGGUCCACUCAGGUUUCCCCUAGAGUUCCUGCUGGAAGCUAUCCAGUAGCUCACAUCUCAUAUGAGUUGAACAUGUUGGGAUCCAGGGGUCCAAGAAGAAUGCAAUGCAUCAUGGAUCCAAUCCCAAGUUCUUCCAUUGAAGCUGGAGGUGUGGCCCCCACACAAACCGAAUUCCCUCUUUCCAGUGGUGAAUCUUUUCCUUCAAUUCCAUUCUUUCGUUCAAGAUCAAGCUGUGUGGAAAAAACCUUAUCCACCAGUCAAAAUCAAAGUCAAAGUCAAAGUCAAAGAGACGGACCUCUUGUUCUAAAAAACAAAUCUCCAAGAUGGCAUGAACAGCUUCAAUGUUGGUGCUUAAAUUUUCAAGGGCGUGUCACGGUUGCUUCAGUGAAAAACUUCCAGCUGGUAGCCACACCGCCAGCUGGACAAUCGGGCCCACAAUAUGAAAAAGUUAUUCUUCAAUUUGGGAAAGUAGGAAAAGAUGUUUUCACCAUGGAUUAUCGCUACCCAAUCUCUGCUUUUCAAGCAUUUGCCAUCUGUCUAAGCAGCUUUGACACCAAGAUUGCUUGUGAAUGAGAUAACACAGGAACAAAUUUGAUGAGAUUAAAAAAAAAAAAAAAUUCAUGUAUGAGAUGGAAAUAAAAGAGGUAUGGUAUGGUAUGGUUUCAUGGGGCAUGAAUGUGCA